AUGUCUGAGAAGGACGAGAAAAUCAACUCAUUAGUAGAUAUGGGAUUUUCUGAAGAUGAAGCUAAUAUGGCUAUUGUAAGAUGUGGUGUGGAUGGUGAUCUCUUUGUAUUAGUUGAUUCGAUUAGUGCAUCACGGGUUGCAGGAAAUUUGGACUUAUCUAACCAUCAGGUUACGGGAAGAUGCUUCGAUUCUUUGGAGGGAGAAAGAAAGCAAAGGUUGGUGGAAGAGAGAAAGAAAAAAAGGAAGCGAUGUGGAUGUACUGGACAGAGCAAUCAACCCUCUUUGGAUUGCAACCAUGAUGAACAGAUGCUUCUUCCAAAUCCAAUGGUUGGAUUUAACCUGCCCAAUUAUAGCCCAUCAUCAGUUAGGGUGACUAGAACGAUUCUUGAACAAGAUAUGGGACCACCUUAUUUCUACUACGAAAACGUGGCUAGAGCUCUCACAGGUGUAUGGGCGACCAUUUCAAGAUCUCUGUAUGACAUUCAACCUGAGUUUGUAGAUUCCAAACAUUUGUGUGCAGCUGCAAGGAAAAGAGGCUACAUACAUAACUUGCCUAUUGAGAACAGAGCACCUCUUCUUCCUUCUCCUCCAAUGACCAUAUUUGAGGCAUUCCCCCGUUACAAGAAGUGGUGGCCUUCCUGGGAUCAGAGAACACAGUUCAACUGCUUGCUAACAGGUGUGGCAGGUCCAACGCUGACUGGAAAGAUUGGGCGUGCUCUUGCAAGUGCGGGCACUCCACCAUCUCAAAGUAUUCAAAAGUAUGUCAUCGAUCAGUGCAAAAGGUACAAUCUUGUCUGGGUCGGAAAAAAUAAGGUUGCUCGAUUGGAGCCUCAAGAGAUUGAAUAUCUACUUGGUUUUCCAAAGGACCACACAAGGGGACUCAGCGACACAAAUAGAUACAAAUCUCUAGGCAACUCAUUCCAUGUUGAUACUGUUGCUUACCACUUGUCAGUGCUAAAAGGCAUGUUUCCCAAUGGUGUUAAUGUGCUGUCCUUAUUCACUGGUAUUGGAGGAGGAGAGGUAGCUUUGCACAGGUUGGGAAUGAACAUGAGGACAGUGGUUUCUGUUGAAAUAGACAAAGCUAGUAAUAGGAUUUUCAGGGAUUGGUGGAAUCAGACUCAAACAGGCACACUGAUUGAGAUUGAUGAUGUGAAAUCUCUUACUGAUGAUCAAGUUGCAACAUACGUUACUACAUUUGGCGGCUUCGACUUGGUGAUUGGGGGAAGCCCAUGUAACAAUCUUGCUGGGUGUAACCGAUCCAGCCGUCAUGGCUUGGAGGGCAAGCAAUCUGUUUUGUUCCACCAUUAUGUCAGAAUAUUGAAUGUCGUCAAGUCGGCUAUGGCCAGGAAGUAG